AUGCGUCUCUCAGUUACUCUCGCAUUGGCUACUGCUGUUGCUGUUUCGGCCCAAAACUGUAAUCCUACAUAUAACGUUGCUUCUUCUGGCGAAUGCUUUACCAACUGCAAUAUUAAAACUGGUCAAAAAUACUUAUCUGGUUGGACUAUGGAUCAUACUUCUCCAUUAUUUAUUGAUUCUCUAAAUCUUAUGUGUACAAAAGGUACUGCUGAAUACUUAGCCUUUAUGUCUGAAGCCGGUAUAUGCAUGUCCCGCUGCCCUGAUAAUCCUGCACUGUUUGCUGAUGAAUUUGCUGGUGCUUGUGCUUGGUAUGCACAACAUAAGAACGAUACUUGUACAGAUUCUCCAAAUACCACGAAUACAACCAUUGCAUCAUCGAGUACUACUAACUCAUCCCCUUCCAAUUCUUCU